GCUGACAUUUAAUAAUCUCCCUUCAGUCAUUUGGCUUUUUUCCCACCUUGCUUUGCAACAAUGGAGUUAUUUUCUCGAUAUUUGGAUAGAAGCAAUUCAGUCAGCUCUGUCAUAACUCAAGACAUUAUAAAAGAGGAGAGCCUCAGAGAUGACCUGAGGUAUUAUUUCAUGAGCCCCUGUGAGAAGUACAGAGCCCGAAGACACAUUCCCUGGAAAAUGGGAGUCCAGAUCCUGAAAAUCAUCAUGGUCACCACACAACUCGUCCUUUUCGGCCUCAACAACCAGCUGGUGGUUUCCUAUAAGGAAGAGAACACCAUGGCGCUCAAAAACCUUUUCUUAAAAGGCUACAGCGGGGUCGAUGAGGACGACUACAGUGUUGCCGUCUACACAAAGCACGACGUCUAUGAAAGUCUGUUUUAUGUCAUGGAUCAGUACAGUCAGCUGGACCAGCUCUCCGUGGGCCCGAUCAGUUACGCAGAGGAUGAAAAUGGCAAGCUGCUGCCCCUCACCAUGUGUAAAGAGUACUAUAGGAGGGGCAGCGUGGAGCCUUCAGAUGAGACCUAUGACAUCGAUGCUCAGCUGGAGACGGUUUGUAUGUCACACGAUCCAAAGACUGCAAACCUGUGGAGAACAGAGAAUUCAUCCUUUUUUAAUCUGGAUUUUUACAGACUUGUCGACAUCAAAAUAACCUUCCAGUUGAAGGGAAUCAACCUCCAGACGGUGCGUUCGCGAGAGUUACCCGACUGCUACUCCUUCUUUGUUACGAUAACGUUCGAUAACCAGUGUCACAGUGGAAAGGUGAAACUAUUCCUGGACAUAGACGCUGAAAGCAGCGCGUGCCGAGACUGGAAGAUAUCGGGGACGGCUCAGAAGAACACACACUAUCUGCUGGUAUUUGAUGCCUUCGUUAUUCUGAUGUGCCUCACAUCAGCCGUGCUGUGCACUCGCUCCAUCAUACUGGCCGUCAGGUUACUCCAGAGGUUCUCCAGAUUCUUCCAUGAAAACUUUAAUCGGAAAGUGUGCGAGGACGACCAGAGGGAGUUUCUGAACGGCUGGUACUUGCUGGUCAUCGUCAGCGACCUCUUGGCCAUAAUUGGAUCGAUUCUGAAGAUGGAGAUACAAGCAAAGAACCUUACAAAUUAUGACGUGUGCAGUAUCUUCCUGGGGACGUCUACAUUAUUGGUGUGGGUUGGAGUGAUCAGGUACCUGGGAUACUUCCAGAAAUACAAUGUGCUGAUCCUAACCAUGAAGGCAGCCUUUCCGAAGGUCCUGCGUUUCUGCUGCUGUGCUGGCAUGAUCUACCUCGGCUAUACUUUUUGUGGAUGGAUUGUACUGGGACCGUACCACGAGAAGUUUGAGGGCCUGAGUCUGGUGGCAGAGUGCCUGUUCUCUCUGCUGAACGGAGACGACAUGUUCACCACCUUCGCCCAGCUUAAGGACAAAAACACCUUGGUGUGGCUCUUCAGUCGGGCUUACCUGUACUCCUUCAUCUCCCUGUUCAUCUACAUGGUGCUGUCGCUCUUUAUCGCUCUUAUAACCGACGCCUAUGAGACCAUCAAGAGUUACCAGAAAAAUGGGUUCCCGCAGACCGACCUGCAGAAGUUUCUCCACGAGCCGACAGAGCUGCCUAAUAUAGAGGAGAGCGAUCAGACAGACGUCAGCGUCAGACACUCUGUACUCUGCUACUGCCAGCGAGUUCCAGCAAAUGAUGAUGUCAUACUUAUCAGCUGACGGCUGCCCCGCCUCUGGAUGAGACAGUUUAGGGAGGAAAAUGCUGGGAACAAUACUUCACAUGUCUGAGACAAACUUCUCAACGCUGAAACACUGAAAAAUCCUGGAGAAUGUAGACUUACCUGAACAGGUGUAAUAUCCCGUGAGGUGCAAUAAGAAAGGCCACAUGAGUUCCCUCCACUGAACGGGAGUCAGGAGCUCAAGAUGCGGAGCUGGAACUGGGACUAAGAAGAAGUGGUUGCUUGGAUUAAUUGUAUACGUUUAUAAUACUGCUUAGAUGUUUAUUUGGUCAAGGAGUUUGGUUGAGUGCUGUUGGGGAAUGUACAACAUUAAAGUUAAUUUAUUAAGUGUUAAGUAAAGAUUGCA